AUGUCGCAGAAGAGCACCGGCUCUCCAGAGAACCCGGUAUGGGACAACUCAAUCAUGUCCAUCGAGCUGACAGAUGACUUCCAGCUUCAGGAUUAUCCGCUGCGGCUUGGGCUGUGCAGCUCGGAGACAGGACCUCCGGAUUAUGGGUUUGUCAUGAUCAACUUGGAGCAGAUCCUGCACAGCCGGACGGAAGUAGACCCUGAUGAAGUGGUCAGCAUGAAAGGCUGGUUCCCCCUCUUCGACACCAUGACGGGCGUGCGGGGCCGGAUCCUGGCCGCUUGGAAACACUUUAGACGUGGGGCUGGUUACAAGUUCCCCCUUCGCCAGUGUCAUGAACAACUGUAA